UACGAGCUCAUCUACUGGCCCGGCAUCCCCGGCCGCGGCGAAGUCGUCCGGCUGCUGUUCGAAGAGGCGGGCGUCGCCUACAAGGACACGGCCAAGGGCAGCCGCGCGGUGCCGACGGUGCUCGCCCACUCGGCGCCCGAGAGCGCGGGCGACGCCUCGAACCCGCCGACGUUUGCGCCGCCGGUGCUGAGGCACGGCGACCUGGUCAUCAACCAGCUGCCCAACAUCCUGCUGUACCUGGCGCCGAAGCUGGGGCUGGGACCCAGGCUGGGGCUGGUGGACGGCGGCAAGGGGGAGGUGGAGGUGUAUCACCUGAACGAGCUUGCGCUGACGAUCCUGGACGGGCUGCUGGCGGAGGUGCACGAGACGCAUCAUCCGAUUGCGACGGAUCAGUAUUACGACGAGCAGAAGGCGGAGGCGAAGAAGAGGGCCAAGGGGUUCAGGGAGGCGAGGCUGCCCAAGUUUUUGGGGUAUUUGCAGAAGGUGCUUGAUGGGGAGAGGAGUGGUGGGAGCGGGUGGUUGUAUGGGGAGUUUACGUAUGUUGAUUUGGUGCUUUUCCAGUGCCUUGAUGGAACAAAGUAUGCGUUUCCAAAGACGGUGGAGAAGCUGAAGAAGACGGGCAAGUAUGACGGCGUGUUUAAGCUGUAUGAAGCUGUCAGGGAGAGGCCUAACAUUAAGGCGUAUCUGGAGAGUGAUCGGAGGAUUGCCUAUGCGGAUGGCAUUUGGCGGUACUAUCCCGAGUUGGAGGAGGAUUAG